AUAAACUCGGGCCUGGAUGACAGUUGUGGCUGACAAACGGAGUGGCUCGUCUACGGAACUUCAGGCAGUGAACUGUGCAAUGCGUUUGGAAGGGUAACUUUCUUGUGGUUUCUCAGUGUGUAAGUGGGGAAAUCGCUUCAUCGUCACUCGGCAUAAAUUUUGCGGCACGGGAUAUACACGUUGCAGAACGGGAGUUGGAAUUAACCGCGUGACUCAUUUCAGAGAAGUGAUAUUCUGAGCGACACCUCGGUCACGUUUUACGAGCCGAGGUAAUAAUUCCUCGUGGAAUCUGAAUUAACGGCUUCGCGUUGGCCUCUCGUCGGGGAAACGUUACAUCGGAGAACGGCGAUAAAGACCGAAUGAUCAAGAGGGAAUAAUUAAAGCACUCGGAUGUUCGAACCCGCAAGAGAACGCAUCGUCCGGCACGUUCUGCGAUCCGCGAUUAGGAGGAGGAUCGAUCGAUCUCGGAAUUAACAGCCCGCGAGUGUCAAACGAGCCGCGACAGGAACAUCAAUACCCUAAUAAAUGUCACUCGCACGAUCGAUCGUCGCCUUUUGCCAGCCAUGGCGUAAAGAGAGGAUUUAACAGGCGACGAGGGUCAACGUUGUCGAGAGCGGCUGUCGGGAUCGGCUGUCCACGAUCGUGUGCAGGUCCCGAUCUCCCGUGUGGGUGCGUCGAAGUUCGUGAUCCUGACACCGCUUAGGGGGGUGGUCCCCUACAGUUAUGCACGGAUGGAGGAUGAACUGCAGUGCGUGAGGGAGAGAGGUGAUCGCUCCUAAACCGAUGAGAUGACAGUGCUGUGCGUGCUGUGGGCUACUCUGUCCACUGUGGCCUCGAUUCUCGCGUGCUCCGGUUUUUAUCUGCCUUACUGGAUUCAGGGACGGCUGUUGGGGAAGGCUGACGCGUACUUCAGUUCCUUUCGGCGUUGCAACUACCCGCGAAUCAGGGCGCCCAACGCCACGCCUGAGAUAGUUUACGAGUGUGCGAGGUAUUCCAGUUUUUGGGACAUACCGAGUGCUUGGUGGCAGGCGAGCACAGUCACGAUGGGUAUCGGCGUUGCGAUUGCAGUGAUCGGCGCCCUGACACUUUUGGCAGCGGCAUCGUCAUUCCUUCCGCAUAUCCUCAAAACGCCAAAGCACACGAGGAUUCUUGGUUCCUUACAAUUGCUCGCUGCGACGAUGAUAUGCGGCGGCCUGGUCAUGUAUCCGAUAGGCUGGGAUAAUCGAGAGGUGCGCGAAUCCUGUGGGAAGGGAGCCAACGUUUACAAUCUCGGGAAGUGCUCGGUGUCCUGGUCGAGUCACUUGCUGGUCGGCUCGGUGGCGUUGCUGAUGCUGUGCUUCGGCCUGAGCUUCUGCGCGGCGCGACACAAGCCCGACGCGAAUCCGCACACGGAUCCCCUGCGCAUUUGACAAUCGAGGUACUCCCAGUCGAUACACGCCUACGCCUCGCCGAAGACGACCACGCUCUCCAUCGUCACGGUCUGUUGAUCACGCGUGCCUGUUGCGUGCGCGAAACGUGUGCCGUAACGAAUAAUCGCGGGUACGAAUACCGCGCAUUGCGGCAUGCAUGGGAC